AUGGAACCCAACAUCACCUACGUGGGCUUCUACCUCCACAGUCCCCUGGUCGCUUCCGUCUUCAUCAUCUCCUACCUCCUCAUCUUCCUUCUGUGCAUGAUCGGCAACGGGGUCGUCUGCUUCACCGUUCUGCAGAGCAAGCAUAUGCGCACCGUCACCAACCUCUUCAUCUUGAAUCUGGCGGUCAGCGAUCUGCUGGUGGGCGUCUUUUGCAUGCCCACCACUCUCCUGGACAACAUCAUAACAGGUUGGCCUUUCGGGAGCAUUGCCUGCAAAAUGAAUGGCACCGUCCAGGGAAUCUCCGUUUCUGCUUCUGUCUUCACGUUGGUAGCCAUUGCAGUGGACAGGUUCCGUUCUAUCGUUUAUCCCUUUAAACCGAAACUUACCGUAUGGAUAGCACUUAUGUUGAUAGCCAUCAUCUGGGUCCUGGCUUUUGUCAUCAUGUGUCCUUCUGCGGUCAUGCUGAAGCUCAUAGAAGAGAAGCAAUUCCAGGUCAUCCUUGGAGAGGACAACCAAACGUCCGUCUACUGGUGCCGGGAAGACUGGCCCAACGAGGACAUGAAGAAGAUCUACACCACUGUCCUCUUCGCCAACAUCUACUUGGCUCCCCUGUCGCUCAUCGUCAUCAUGUACGCUCGGAUCGGGAUCACGCUCUUCAACACGCUCCUGCCAGGGACCCUGAAAGGACGACCCCCACCACCAACUGGGUAUCUGCAGGACUACUGUGAUGUCACUGGGUAA